GCUCGUGAAGAACGUGAGACAGACAGAGAGCAGCAGCAGAGGCAAACAAAGCAGACACACACAGCAUACCUGACUAACCGUCCUGCACAACAGACACACAGGCAGAAAAGCAGGUAGCAGGACCAAAAAGAAAAAAUAAUCAGCACACACACUCAUUAACCUUCACAGGCAGACAGACAUUUUCUCUCACACACAUUCAGGAGGAAGCAGCAGCAGCAUGUUUCUUUGGAGGCUCCUUCAGGCAGCGUGCCUGCUGUCAGUGUGUGUGUGUCUGUCUCCAGCUUAUGAGGACGACAUCGAGGUCAACUUUUCUGACCCCUACUACAAUGAAAUUGGAGACCAAGAAACACCAGAACCCACACCAACUUCAGCCCCCUGCAGUUCUCCAGACCUAACCAAAUGGGACAAGAUGUUCUCCAUGUUGGAGAACAGUCAGAUGAGGGAGAACAUGCUGCUUCAGUAUGCCGAUGAUAUCAUCAAGGUGGAGAUGGGGUCGCUACGCAAUGAAAUGCUAAGGUUUGUAGCUCAGUAUGGCGGGUCCUGUGGGGCUGCAGUGGAGAACGCAGGAAGAAGGAUGGCCAUGCAGCUGGACAGCCGCCUCAGAGAGACUCUGGGGCACCUCAAACUCAGUCAUCAGGAUUCUCCUGCUGCUGGGAAUUCUAUUGGGAAUUCCAACCAGCUGGAGGCAAUGCUACAAGAGCUCCUCUCUGCAGCACAAACACAAGCAUUCAGACUUACCAAGCUGGAGACCAGCUGCUUCAGCAGCCCAGGAGGGAUGAAUACCAAGACAGGAUUUCAUCCUCCAAGAGUUGAAGAGGCUGGGGACCAUGAGCAAGAAGUCACGACAAGAGAAGCCACUUUAGACCUGGCACUGGCUGCACUGGAAAAAAUGAGGAUGGAGAUGGAGAAAGUGCUGAAGUCUUCAAGGCAAAGACAAUUACCUGCAGGUUGUGAGAUGGCCCUCCUCUUCCCCAUGCGUUCCAGUCGAAUCUACACCUCUGUCAUACCAGAUGUCCCUCUCUCCCUGUCCUCCUUCACUGUCUGCAUGUGGAUAAAACCAACCACUAUCUCCAACAAAACCGUGCUGUUCACCUACGGAAACCGCCGCAACCCAUAUGAGAUCCAGCUGCUGCUUAGGCAGAGCGCCGUCCUCUUCACCAUCGGAGGAGAAGCUCACCUGGUGGAGGCACGGGGAGUGGUGAACCCAGAGCAGUGGAUCCACUUGUGUGGGGCUUGGUCCGCGGAGCAGGGCCUGGCAUCCCUAUGGGCGGAUGGCAAAAAGGUGGCCUCCACUCCGGGGGUGGCCGAGGGGCAUGUCUUACCUGACGGAGGUUCCCUCCAGCUGGGUCAGGAAAGAAACGGCUGCUGCCCUCUGUCUUUAAGCAGCGGGAGUGGCGUGGCAGGGUUUGAGGCGGGGUUCGAAUCGAAGCUGGCAUUUGCGGGGAAGAUGACAGGAGUGAACAUGUGGGACAAGGUGCUGUCAGAGGACAAGAUUUCCCAGCUGGCUUUGCGGGAAGGCCAUGGCUGCGAGCAGACGGGCAACAUAGUGGCGUGGGGUGUAACGGAGAUGGUGCCACAUGGAGGCGCUCAGUUCACCUACUAAUACAUACUCUUCAUGAUGGAAAUAGCCAUCAGCAUCACAAUCAUCAUUGUCCUGAAUUUCAUUGUAAACUGAGGAGACUUACAACUGUUUUUAUCGUCUCUGUUCCUAAAGUGAAAUGUUUUAAUUAUUUUAUUAUAGAGACCACAAUUUUCCUCUUCAUCUCAGUUUUUAUUACCAUGACUGCUAAUACCGCAGUGAACUUUGGACAUGUUCAAAUAAGACAGAGUCAAUGCUGUCAGAGACUUAAGUUUACUUUUGCAACAAAGCCUUUUGAACUGCCACCGUAAUACACACACAAACACACUCCCACCGAUGCACACUUAUCUUGGAAAAGUUUAGCAGAAAACGUGCUGCAAGUGGCAUUUACCAAAGACUUAAUUAGACUGCAAGAAAGACAAAGAGUCUAUUGUGAAAGUGAAUGGGUUCUGAGCCAGUAAACAGAGUAAUCAGCAGACAGCCACACAGCAAGCAAAAGAGGGGUAUCUGACAAUUAGGAGCGAUUAUCUUGUGUUGUGUAAUAUGUGUGGGGGGGGGGGGGGGGGUGUUUCAGAGUAACAAUGCAUUUUUCAUCUUUCUGUUGAAAUUUGUAUAGACAUGGCCAAGUGCAGCUUGUCAAAAUGUCAAUACAAAAAGAAAAGAAGAAAAAAAAGAACUUGUUUUCCUCUUUUUUUUUUCAGAAAAUAUAUUUGCUUUCCUGCCUUUUCAGUUUAGUGAGUACAAUUAGCCACAUAAUCUAACCCAUUACAACCAGAAGCACAGGCGUCAUACUGAUGUGUUAAUAAUGUCUUUUAAUGUUAUCUGUAGAACAAUGUAUAAUCUAUGAAAUAUCUGUGACUGAAAACUGCUGUACUUGCUAUCAUUUUAAGCAUGACUGACUGCUAUAGAAGUGCUUUAUAUCAGCUUACUAUUUUUUAUUGUCAUAAAUGUCUCUGAAAGCUUUGAAAUGAUUUCCAAACAUUAUAUUUCUAAAUUUGUACUUACCAGUGUUUACAUUCAUACAAGUUAUGUAAUUCCUGUUUUGCCUGUUUGAUUGUCAUAGUUCUCAUUCAAGUAUAAGGGGGAGUCGCCUUUUUGAUCCUGCAUAAAGUAAUAAGAGUAGAAGUGUUUUUUUCUUUGUCUUGUGAGGUUUGAUAAAAGAAAGUUUACACAAUCUUUUAUGAACUAAAUUGUCUUGUAUUAUACUGUAAAUUGCUUUUAUUAUUGUGAAAAUAUAAAACCGAAUGUAUUUUGUACAUAAAUAUAUUUUUCAUAACAUGGCUAGAGUCAUAAAGUGAGGUAUGAAUAAACAAGUAUCCCCUGUU